CAGGCGUGUGAGAUCCGAAAGGGGAAGGCAGGUCUUGGAUUAGAUAUUCGCACGCUGACCUGAGCUCAUGUGUAUCGUUGAGUCUCUGUUAUAAGUAGCCAAAGCUGCUAUCAUCUCCGUCUCUCGACCGACCAAGUUGUACUCGAUUACCGCCCGUCAUGUUUGGCUCUAAGAUCCUCCCUGCCAUCCUCCUGGCUAUCGUAAACGUAUCGGCCCUUGCAGUAGAGAAGGUUGCCAUAAGACAAGAUCAGACUUGCGUGGCUACGUGCGGCAAGGUUUGUUACUGGCAGGAAGAUAUCGAUGAAGCCGUAAAGCAGGGAUAUUCUUUACACCAGUCCGGCCAGACCGUUGGUUCGAACGACUAUCCUCACCAGUACAAUAACCGUGAGGGUUUUGACUUCCCCGGGCAGGCCCCUUACUAUGAAUUCCCUAUCCUAAGCAGCUUCGACCCUUAUGACGGAGGCAGCCCCGGCGCGGACCGUGUCGUUUUCAAUGAGGCUGGCGACUACCAAGGCGCUAUUACGCACACCGGAGCAAGCGGUAAUAACUUCGUGGAGUGCACCUAAGUGCGCGCCGUCCAAGUUGAUGGGAGCGGGGUCCACUUUGGUCCAAUGCUGAAUUGUGUAUACAGGAGGUAUUUAAGCAUGUCAGCAUCUUAUUUGUUCAAUAUGAUGGCACAUGCCCUGUACCAUACCCUCCAUAAUUAGGAUUUAUGCAGUAGGAAUUAUAUUCGAAGAAUCGUACGAAAUCAACCAGAAGUGUUCCAUAAUUGUGAUUUACUCAACCGAGAGACAGCGAGAAGCUGGAUAGAACAGAAAAUGUCGGAUUACAAGUGUGUUGCCGCACCACAUCAAGGUUAAGGACAUACUUCAACA